AUGGAUCGUUUACCAAAUGAGAUGCGCCUCCUCAUUGCGACAAAUUUGAACCAACAAAGUCUCAUGGCGCUUAGUCGUACAAGCAAGAGUAAUCAUGACCUGCUCCGGUCCAAGCUUGAAGGAUACAAGCUCAUGAAAGCCUUGCUUGAUGGGAAAGAUGGCCUGUCCCUGUCCCUAACGCGCCAGCCCUUUAUUGAUCUUUCUGUCCGACAUAAAGAUCUUUCACUUCUUCACGUCGCAGUAGCCCAAGGGAACCAGAAUAUCGCCGAAUGGCUUAUCUCAAAGUACCCUCCCUUUCUUGGUGCCCAAGAUGAUACUGGGAUAACUGCCCUUAUGUCAGCUGUUUGCUGGGGAGAAAUGGACAUAGUUAAAUCCCUUGUCGAUAAGGGCACUUGUGUCAAUAUCCGGAAUCAUCACGGCCGAACUGCUCUCCAUUUUGCAGCGGAAGACGGCAAUGACCCUAUGGUCAAGUUUCUUCUGAAGAAAGGGACAAACCCCUUCCUAGCCGAUAAAGAUGGAUGGUCUGCCCUUCUUCUCGCAGUCCGGGAAGACCAUAUCUCAGUUGUUGCGCAGUUGGUUAGGCCAGGUUCAGGAAUCAAGGAAGCAAACAUCUCCGGAGAAAAUGCCUUACAUCUUGGCGUAAGCAACGGGAAUAUGGACAUAGUGCGGUUGCUGCUGAGAAAUGGCGCCGAGUCUCAGGCCGACAAGGAUGGCAACACACCUCUCCACCGGGCGGCUCGACAGAAUAAUCGUGAUAUUAUACGACUACUAGUCCUCAGUGGAGCUGAUCUCACGGUUGAAAAUUCCCAAAAAGAGACUCCCUUGCAAUUGAUAUCUCAGUACCAUCAAGAUCAUAUGGAAGAUUUGUUGGGAAGUAUAUCAAGUUGA